GCCUGCAGGGGAGAGAGAGGAAAAAAACCCUCAACUCCUCCUUCCUUUUCGUCCGCUCGUCUGUUCCUGGGCGGGUGGGCCGCCCCCUUUCGGGGCUCGACGGCUCCCUCCACACACGCCCCACCAACCAGAGGAUGGCGGAUCGACGACGGCUCUUGCUGCUGCUGCUGCUGCUGUUGUAAGGGCAGCCCUGGGGAGCAGGAGCGGCUGCCCCAGGAGCAGCAGCAGCAGCGAGAAGGCGGGGAGGAAGCCAGCCGGGGCUUGGCGGGAAGAUGGCCAACGAGUCGCUUCAGAGUGAUCCAGGCAACUGGUCAGUGCUGGAGCAGCUGGGCCUGGACCAGAGCUCAGAUUUCUCAGACACCAGUGUACAGCAGAAGCUGGAUGAAGAAAAGGAGAAGAUUAAGCGUGAGAUUCGAAAAGAGCUGAAGAUAAAGGAGGGAGCAGAAAACUUGCGCAAGGCAACCACAGACCGUAAGAACCUCUCCAAUGUGGACAACUUGCUCAAGAGUUCCAACCGCAAGCUGGAGGCCCUGCACCACCAACUGCAGGAUCUCAAUGCACAUAUUGUCGUCAAAGACCCUGAAGAGCUGGGGGAUGCCCCACAAUCGCCAGGCAGCCUGAGCCGAUCAACAGCUACCAAGAACCGCAUUGCUGGCCUGGAGAAGCAGCUCAAUAUUGAGCUGAAGGUGAAGCAGGGAGCAGAGAACAUGAUACAGAUGUAUGCCAACGGUGCUGCCAAGGAUCGGAAGCUGCUGCAGACAGCCCAGCAGAUGCUACAGGACAGCAAGACCAAGAUCAAUAUAAUCCGCAUGCAGAUCCGCAAGGCUAUGCAGGCUGACGAGGUGCAGCUGAAUAUGGAAGAUGGGCAAGGUAACACUGACCUGAGCACCAUUGAGUUGAGGAUUGAAGAGCUGCGGCACCACUUCCGGGUGGAGCACGCCGUUUCUGAGGGGGCCAAGAAUGUGCUGCGCCUUCUGGGCUCCACCAAAGUACAGGACCGCCAUGCCAUCUCCGAGGCACAGACCAAGCUGAACGAGUCGAGCCAGAAGCUGGACCUUUUGCGGCACUCCCUGGAGCAGCGUCUAGCUGAGCUGCCUCAAGAUCACCCAAAGGGCUGCCUCAUCAAGGAAGAGCUCAUCCUGGCAUCCUCCCCGGCCUUCAGUGCCCGUAAUACCACUUCCUACCAGCACAACCAAUACAACACCCUCUCAAAGCCAUCUCCACUCACAGGGAUGCUGGAAGUGCAGUUGUUGGGCUGCAGUGAGCUGUUGGAAUAUGUCCCAGGACGCACCCGUGGCUCCACCGUCUCCCUGCCGUGCAACAGCCCUGGUGAAGCGCGGCCAUCUUUCAUGAGCCGCAGUGGGCGAGGCCUGUACAGCCGAAGCGGCAGCGUAAGCGGCAGGACCACCAUCAAAUCAGAAGAUAAUAGCAAUGAGGUGAGUGCUGUGCUGAAGCUGGAUAAUGUAGUUGUUGGCCAGACGGCCUGGAAACCCAGCGGCCUACAAGCCUGGAAUCAGACUUUUGCAGUGGAGCUGGAGAGGGCACGAGAACUCGAGAUUGGUGUGUACUGGCGUGACUACCGCAGUCUCUGUGCCCUGAAAUACCUGAAGCUGGAGGAUUUCCUUGACAACCAGCGCCAUGAAAUCCACCUGGAGUUGGAGCCACAGGGCAUUCUCUUGGCAGAGGUUACCUUUUUCAACCCUGUCAUUGAGCGCAUACCCAAGCUCCAGCGGCAGAAGAAGAUCUUCUCCAAGCAGCAAGGGAAAGCUUUCCUGCGUGCCCGCCAGAUGAACAUUGAUAUUGCCACUUGGGUGCGACUCCUGCGGCGCAUCAUCCCCACGGCCAACACCACAGGCACUUACAGCCCUUCAACGCAGAUGACCCCAACAUCUGGCUCCGAAAGCAGGCACAGCCUCAACUCUGGGGACAUUGCCAUUGAGAAGCUGAGCUUGGAUGGGGACAGAAUUCAAAUUGAGCAGGUGGGCCAGGAUGACAGUGAGCUUCCUGGGAAGGUCUUGUUGACCUCACAAGUUGGGGAGGAGAUUCCCUUCCAGGUGGAGCUGGGCCCAGGAGGGGAGGCAAGAGGAUCUGAUGGUGCUUUCCACAGCAGCCACCUGAGAAAAAUGCCUCUAGCAUUGGAUGACUUCCGAUUUGUCGCUGUGCUGGGGCGUGGCCACUUUGGCAAAGUGCUGCUGUCUGAAUUGCACCGCACAGGGGAGCUAUUUGCUAUUAAAGCCUUGAAGAAGGGUGACAUCGUUGCAAGGGAUGAGGUGGAGAGCCUGAUGUGCGAGAAGAGGAUCUUUGAGAUCGUGACCCAUGCACGACACCCCUUCCUAGUGAACCUCUUCGCCUGUUUCCAGACACCCCAGCAUGUCUGCUUUGUCAUGGAGUACACAGCAGGCGGAGACCUCAUGAUGCACAUCCACACAGAUGUAUUCACAGAGCCACGUGCCACGUUUUAUGCUGCUUGCGUUGUGCUGGGGCUGCAGUUUCUUCACGACCACAAAAUUGUAUACAGGGAUCUGAAGCUGGAUAACUUACUGCUGGACACAGAGGGUUUUGUGAAGAUUGCAGACUUCGGCCUCUGCAAAGAAGGGAUGGGCUACGCUGACCGCACCAGCACCUUCUGUGGGACUCCAGAGUUCUUGGCUCCUGAGGUGUUGACAGACACAUCAUACACAAGAGCCGUUGACUGGUGGGGCUUGGGGGUCCUUAUCUACGAGAUGCUUGUAGGGGAGUCCCCAUUCCCUGGAGAUGACGAAGAGGAAGUAUUUGACAGCAUCGUCAAUGAUGAAGUGCGCUACCCCCGUUUCCUUUCCUCGGAGGCCAUCGGCAUCAUGCGCCGGCUGUUGCGGCGAAACCCAGAACGUCGCUUGGGCUCUAGUGAGCGAGAUGCUGAGGACGUGAAGAAGCAGCCAUUCUUCAGGAGCAUAGACUGGGAAGCCCUGCUGGCCCGCAAGAUCAAGCCACCAUUUGUGCCAGUAGUCAAGGGCCGCGAAGACAUCAGCAACUUUGACGAGGAGUUCACAGCUGAAGCGGCUAUGCUGACGCCGCCCCGUGAAUCACGGCCCCUCACCCAAAAGGAGCAGGAUGCCUUCAAGGACUUUGACUAUGUUUCCAAUGCCUGCUAGCUCUAGGAGUUGGGGGGCAAGGAGAUUCCCACCCCCAAAGAAGAAGAAAAACACCACCACUGCCAGCCCUGUAUGGGGCAGGGCUCUGCUCCACCAGUGACUCGAGACGCUUGCUAGCCCUGCUGUUAGCUCCGCGAGUGGAGCUGGGACAGCCCAGCAGCACUGCCAACCUCAUGGGUGUAGAGUUAACGUUCACCGACAUAUGCCAGCUCUGAGCCUAGACCGCGAAAGCCCCAGAAGUACUUCUGCACCCUUCAGGACACAGUAUCAUUCAUGCAGACACUCGGACACUGGCUAGCUCUAGGGGAGGGGCAGAGAAAGAGAUAGAAAGAAAGACGGCCAAGCCCAAUAGAACAGACGCUGUUGGCCCCGAGACUUGGGCAGCGGAGUCUCUGCGAUAGCAUGUGCUUAUCCACUGAUUCCCAAACUGCCUGCAAAAAUGAGCAAAUAGGCUUUCCCACGAAUAGAAAUCCAUAGGUGUUGGAGCCACAGAAGCCAAAAGGCCUUUCCCUGACCUAACAAAUGCCUGAGAUUUUUCCCCUUCCUUUAAAAAAAAAAAAAGAUAUGGCUUGUCCUUCUGGUGUUUUUGUUGAAACCCAAUGUUUUGAACUCCUAACCCAGAAGGGGAAACCUUCUUUGUCCUGUUUUGCACCACUGUCUUGCAUCUUUUCUCUAAAAAUGUACUGUAAAGGUUUGGUUGUUCAAACUUCAGUGGUAGACAAAUUCCCCUUGGCUUUAUAAUGGAACCGGCUCUGAAUGUGUAAGCUUUUGGGAGGAAAGCUUGCCUGCUUUGGCCCCCCAGAUUCUCUCCAGUUCAUAACAUUGGCACAUGUGUGCUGACAGCACAACACAUAGGUGCAUUGUUAUAUUGCCCUUGCUGGGAAUCAUAGAAUGGUUUCACCUGCCCCAGUGCCAGCCAUGGCAGAAAUUCAAGCACACAAACAUGCCCUGAACAAACUCACCUGAGGCCAAGGGAGGGUUUUAAGUCAAGAUAUGCAGGGGGGGGGGAGAGCCUUCUAACGUGCUUGCAAGAAACAGUCAGGAUCAUUGAUUGACCCAGGUAGAGGUCACACUUGCCAAACGAAAGGCUGCUUGGUUGGGUGGGCUUGGUCACGUAGAUUACAGCAAUCAACGAGAGCUUGUUUCAUCAUGAAGUAGCAGUUAACAUUAAAUAACUUCUGUGCCUACUAAACAGCAGCUGACUUCUGGCACUUCUUCUGCCGACUGCUGGCCAUGCACACUCAAGAGUCCUGUUUAACAUAACAAAGCUGGAGAGGAACUUCUCAGGAGGAAACAACACUUGAUUCAUAAUACAGCCAAGUAUUGCAAGCUAGACAGAAUAGUUCACUGAGCCCGGAUAAUAAUGAAUUUCAGCAACAUUUAUUAAUUCAAAUCUACCACUUGGAAAUCACCACCAUGUCUUAACAUUUUGUUGUUUCCGUCGCGUGUCCCAGCUUUUGCAGCGACAUCUGCUAGCUGCCAUGCUAAGGAAGCACAUCUCACGUAGGAAUAGGUGAUGGUUUGGGAACUCCAUCCCCAUAUUCCGCUCCUGGUUUGCUUUUUAUUUUGGAGGGUAGCUUUCUAAAAAAACCAAAACCCUCCCCUUUUCAGUGCUGACAACAUCCUCCUUGCCCUGCUCUGCUAGGGAGAAAUUAGCUCACAGAAGUGUGAGUAAGGGGUUCUAACCUGGGCUUGAGCUUUGGCAGUUCAGAGAUUUGUUGAGAAAGGGGCAAUGUGCACCUAUAGGGAAGAGUUUGAGAACAGCCGUUGCUGGUGUAAGUGUGGCUCUGCCUGGGCCCCAAGCAAAUUCUCUUACGAGUGCAAGAAGUUUGAUGGAGGCAACAUCUCCCCAUUAACGGUCCUUGAUGGAAAUAUCCUGAGCAUAAAUGCUGCAGAGUUACGUUGCUCCUUUCUCCUUUGGAGAAAUCUGUCCUGAGUACUGUUUGUUCAUUUCCUACGAAUGUUCCUGAGAUUCAUUAUAUAUAGAUAGAUAUUACAUAUUUUAAAAAAUACUGGCAAACUCUUGCCUGGUGCUGUGAGCUGCAUUCAAGAUAAAUGCUCUGUGGCUCAUAUCACAUGACCGCUAUGAUACCCUUUUAUAUGUGAUCAGUUUGGUGUAGCUACUAUUACCUGGUUCUCUACUUCGGUUUUUAACGUUGAUUAGCAACCCUUCCCCAACCUGGUGCUCUCCCAGUGUUUUGGAUCACAACUCACAUUGGCCUCCUCUAAUACAGGUUGGCUUGGCCUGUUGGGAGUUGUUGUCGGAAAAAACAUGGAAGCCAUCAGGUUGUGGAAGACAGAUUUAGAAGUUUCACUCUGCCCAUAAACCUAUGUGAAAAGAAUGAGGAAACACACCUUUUUUACUACAGUACUCUCAGCAGUUUCAUGUAUCAAAGGGUUAUUGAGAUCACUGAACACAGAUUAGUUACUCUUUGAGUAUGCAUUCUUAAAAAGGCAAAUUUAUUUCUGUCUUUUUGGCCAGGAGGUUAUAGCGGACCUCUCCUCUUCUAGUGUAUCAGCACAAGGGCUCAGGGCCUCCUUACGCCUUCAGAACAGGGCAGUUUCCUGAACAUACUUGCAGUCUCCUACUUACUUUCAGGGGAUGUUCCUCUUAUUUGCAGUCUUCCCCUAUUUCAACUUCAGCUUUUACCAGGCUCAUGCAAUUCUGUUUUGAGACCAAAACACAGGAGUUGGGGGCUAUUUGAAGAAAGAACUGAAGGUCCCGUCCCACAGGGGUUGGAGGGAGAGAAUUCCAGCUUUGCCUCUUAAAGGGGGGGUACCAAAGGUUUUGUAAAGGUUGCUGCCGCAGGAGAACUGGGGCCAGGGUUUUGUCUAGCAUUUUGUAUGGGGAAGAAAUUGCUCUGCCACUUAGUCUCUCCUGAACUGAAGCAUAUGUGGCUUCUUGAAGCAGCUUGGAGUUUGUUUUCUUCUUCAUUCUUUUUUGGCCCUUGUAUGUAUAUUGGAUUCAUGCUGGUUGAUCUCCUUUCCUUUUAACACAAUCGACAAAUUUGAGCCUCCUUGUCUUGAAUUGCAGUGCAACCUGCUUUAAAGUCAGGGCUUUUUGUUCUGUCCUAGAUUUGGGAGGGCUUGCUUUUAAGGCUUCUGUGUUUCAGCCUGUACUCUGGAAAGAGAGUAGUAGCUUCUGUUCCCAGAUACACUGUUAACUUCCUCUGUGCCUCUUUGCUUGCAUUGCCUCUUACAUCUUUCACAGGGCUACGUCCAAACUUUAGUAGCUGUAUGGAUUUUGUGCUAGGAGACACCGUCAUGCUGUGGACUUGAAACUCUGUCUUGCCUACUGAGUCUCCUACCUUACUGUAACUACCUCUGUUGCCUGUCCAGAAUCGCACUUUGGCCACAAAAUGCUGUCUGGAUCUUUCACUUACCUGCUUAUAUAAAGCUUGAGUUUUAAAGUGUAGACUUAGUCCUUAACAUAUUGGAGGCUAUCUGACCAAAAGCCUUGCAAGUGAGCAGAGCUCUCCUUCGGGCAAAAGGCAGGACUCAGUUCUGUUUCCAGCCCUUCCAUGAAUUGGAUCCAAGGUCUCUUGGGUUCCGUUCUUAACUCUAACACUGACUUUGUGGGUAAAUUUUGGCAGAAGAGGGGUAGCUAAUGUGGGGGUGGUGGAGGAGGCUCUGAUAGAUAGUGUGCAAUAUUUGGAUAUAGAGCACCAUGAUUCCCAAGUCUUAAAACUAUAGGCUGGAAAGGGGGAGAGUGUUGCAGUAAGCACAGAUAGCGUGUUCUGCAGUAAAGCAGUGAAACAUUGGGGCAGUCUGGAUUUUGGGGCUGUGUUGGCAAGCUUCAAAUUUGAUUCUGGACACAGACUCCAGCACAUUAAAACCUCAGCUUUCAUUUUCCUAAAAUGAAGUUUCUAAUUCUUAAUGUCACAGUUAUGCUCUUGAAAGCAUGUCCGUAAUGUCUUACAGAAAUCUCAGAAGCCAAAGGAGAAGCGAAAGAUUUUUAGUAACCCAGGCUUCAGUUUUUUGCAUAGCUCUCUUUGCCUGUUCAAAGCAAGUAAAUACAUGCAAAUCUGUGUACUUUGUAUGAUCUAUACAGCUCACAGAAUUCAGGUUAUCUUGGUGCAGAAUCUUGAUUUUAAGCACAGGCUCCACCCACAUAACCCUGGCUUAGUUUACUGUGGAGGGAGACCGAGAGUGCAGCAGGGGCAGAAAGUUCCACAUUCUGUUGCUCGUUAGUGGGGACAUUUUGGGGGGUGAUGGUGGGGAAGUUGAAAGAAUGGAUGCAGAAUGCUGAUUCCUCAGGGUCAACUUCCUUCUGAUUUUAAACCCUCUUGCCCCCUGCUGGGCUCAACUCUGUGUCCACUUUGUUUGGCUUACUCCACUAUAGAGGAGAAAUUAAAAAGAUUGCAUCCUAUGAUUGCUUCCAUCUUCAGUCAUCCUACCAUGCAAGAUAUGCUCUCAGCAGCCUUUGGUUCCUCACUGGACCUUUAGCACCCUAUUAUUCUCGCAAAUAGCAUAAUCAGAUACCAGAACAGUCACUAGCAUGCUAUCAGGAAGUUGGGAGUAGAGUUGAAUGAAAGGGAAUCUUGAUGAAGUUGAUUGUGUUCACCUUCCCGUCUCUGGCUACAAAUGUGCUUGAUCUGUGUACCUGGUUUAUAAUGCAAAGGGGCAGCCGGGAUGACUUAGAGUCUUGUAGCAGGUGACUUUAUGGUGAUAGGCUAGUGUACAAUUGCUUUAUGCUAUUGGCCUGUAUUUCCUUUCAUGUAAACUGUCCUUUUACUAUUGGAGUUAACAGAACUAAAUCAAACGAGUCUGCUUUUUCCCUACUAAACAAUGCUACCUUAUUCUAAUGGCUGAAGCUAAUUUUUCCAAAGUGUCACUAAGAUAACAUGGAUUGCCAUCUCUGUGGACAUCAUUCCUCUGUAUAGCAUUCCUCCCAAGGUGGACAGCUUCAUCUGCAACCUCUUGCUGGUACAGAACAUUUCUCUGUAAAGUGUAGGGAAUUAGCUAAAGCAAUCAAGCAAAAUAGCACACGUAGCCAUUUCCUGUCACAGGUGGUUAGAAAGCCCCUUCUUCCCAUGUGCCUCGGCUAAAGCACCUCCUUCCCUGUCCACCGCUGUACAUCUGUGUGAUAUUGAAGUUGCCACUUUGAAAAAAUGUUUUCAGACCAAUUUCAUACCUGCUCACUCUGGUCUCCUUCCUAAUGUGCUGUAUUCUGUAUACAGCUUGAGCUGUAGGAUGAUGGAAAUUCACCGUUAGAUUAAACUCAUUUGAAUCAA